AUGGACUCUUCGGUACUGGACAGUCUUCGUUCGAGCCACAUCCAGCUCUACGUUCUGCUAGCUUCCGGGCUCCUUCUCACAUACAUCGCAACCAGAAUUUACAAGGUGCACGCCGCGCUCCAACCCGUACCAGGCAUUCCUCUCAUCAGCCUUCCGGGAAAGACUGCAAAAGACUCAUACGUCUACCAUGGCAACGAAACCAUCAAUCUCGGUCUGCGGACUACAGCAGAGAACCAACCCUUCCAGAUCAUGACCGGUACAGGCCCAAAGAUUGUUUUCAGAAACCGCUACGCAGAUGAAAUAGCCAAGAACAAGAAAUUCUCAGUUUCCCAAAAUGUCCAAAUCGACUUCCAAACUGACUACCCCGGGUUCGAAGGUAUUGCAAUGAUGUUGAAGAGCUCCCUCGUUCGGGACACCAUUGUGCGGAAGUUGACGCAAUCAUUGGGACUGGUCACCGAAGAUCUCGUGGAAGAGGCUACAGACUCCAUUCAUGAUAUCUUUGGCGAGUCACCGGAAUGGCAGACUAUGGAAAUCAAAAAUCCAAUACAACUAAUGGUCUCGAGACUGUCGAGUCGAGUGUUUCUGGGCAAGCCAUUGUGCAGGAACGCAAGGUGGCUGGAAAUUGCGAUGGAUUAUACGACUCAUGUUUUUGAGGCGUCACGAGCAUUGCGAAACUUACCGGCCUUGCUGAGACCUAUUCAACAUCGGUUCAUGAAGUCUUGUAGGGAGUUGAGAAGGGAUCAUAGUGAUGCUCGAGCACUGAUCGAUGCUGAGGUGAGAACAAGAGAAGCUUCUGCUCGAGCGCUCCUCAAGCAAGGCAAGAAGCCCCCGAAGAAAGCUGAUACGAUUGGAUGGCUCGUCGAAAUGGCACAGGAACAAGGACAACAACUCACCAUUGAUGAUCUUUGCUCCGCCCAACUCGGGUUGACUAUGUCUGCGAUUCACUCCACCUCCGAAACUACAUGUCAAGCACUCCAGCACCUUUGCGAGCAUCCUGAAAUCGUUCAACCUCUUCGCGAAGAAGUCGUACGAGUGAUUGGGCAAUUGGGAUGGGCGAAGACGUCGCUGUACCAAUUGCGACUCAUGGAUAGCUUUCUCAAAGAGAGUCAGAGAUUUUCCAAAGGAAACGCCUCCGUCGUCCGCUACGCCGACGCCGAUGUAGUUCUCUCGGAUGGCAUCGUCAUCAAAAAGAACAGCCGUGUCAUGCUCACCACCAAAUUCAUGGACGAAGAAGCCUAUCCCGAUCCUCUCCGCUUUGACGCCUACCGAUUCAUGGGGAAAGAGGAGCAAAAACAACAACAACAAGCGCAAGAAGGCAGCGACACUCCAACCCCCCUCGCAAAACUUUCUUCCCAGGACUCACAUUACGUCAGCCCCACUCCCGAACACAUGGGCUUCGGCCUGGGACGACACUCGUGUCCUGGAAGGUUUUUCGUGGCAAACGAAUUGAAAAUUGCGCUGGCGCAUUUGUUGCUCAAGUAUGAUUGGAGUUUGGAUCCCGAGCAAGGGGUGACGCCGUGUAUUGUGUUGGAGUGUAAUCCUGUUUGGAACGCCAAGGCGAGGUUGAGGUUUAAGAGAAGAAAGGAGGAGAUUGAGUUGGAUUGUGUGUAG